CGGGGAUAAUCCAAAAAACACUCAGCUAGAUGGGGAUAGGGGCGUCGGGCAACAGCGCCCAGUGGCACAAAGUGAGGUUAUCGCGCCUUUGACGGCACCUGUCUUUAUCUAUGCUUGAAGGUGUCUUCAAGUUUAAACUAGUGCGUAGCAGCGAGCCGGCCCCAAAAUGCGCAGCGGCCCCAGCGCUGAGCUGACGGCCGAAGAGCUGGCCGCCUUCGACUGGAUCUCAUUGCGCACGGAGAUGGACGCUGUCGCCAGCACGGAGACGGUGCUGCAGAAGCUGUGCAGGAAGAGCGCUGAGAACCCCAUGGUGCCCAUAGGUGCAGCAGCAACGACUCUGGCGCUGGGCUACGGCAUCUGGAGCUUCCGGAACGGGCGAUCCAAGAUGUCGCAGUACAUGAUGCGGACGCGCGUGGCCGCCCAGGGCUUCACCGUGCUGGCCAUCGUGCUCGGCUACGUGUACGGCCUGGACAAAAAGUAGUGUGUUUGUUGAAUUAAAGGCUAUUUGAGUAGAAA